UCUACUGCAACUUGUGUAUUUUGCCGUGCUUUGACUGGAGAAUUCGCUAAUUGUGAACAUCAAAAUAUGUCGAACGUGAUUGAUCCUAUAAAACUCCUCACGGAUAAAGGCGAACGCCAACCAGCGUUCAUGAACAGUAUCUUCAAUCCAGUAGUGUGUUCGGUACUUGGAUUUGGUUGUGCCAUUUUUUUGAACUUCGGUUUGAGAAAACCACCAUUCUCGGGAAUUCAGAAUCAUGUAGCCUUCGCGGCUAUAGGUGGCGGUCUGGGCCUGUACUUUGACAAUAAGAGGAACGAGCAUCUUGCCAAACGCGAUGCUGUACUGAGGCAUUACAUAGAAUUGCACCCAGACGAUUUUCCAGUAAAGGAGCGCAAGAAGUACGCUGACGUUUUGGAAGCAUGGGUACCUAUCAGAUAAAUAUGCCGAAUAGUGCGGGUGAUCCCAUUAUAGAUGCAUCAAAUCGAAAUUGCUUUGUUCUGCUUAGAAUAUAAUUGGCAAAAUCCACGUUAGUUACUAAUUCGACUAUAGCAGAUGCAAUUUGAAUAAAAACUGGGUUUAAUACCAAUAAA